GUCGUAACAUCCGUUGCGUCAUGAAACGAGCAUGCGCCUUGUCAUUUUCAUUGGCUGGUCAUAGAUAAAAAUUACAAUAAUCUGCCAAUAAUCGGGAUAUAGCUCAAGUCCUAAACUGUGAUAGAUAUUAUUUUGCGGUGGUAGUGGACUGUCUGAUGUGCAUUUAAGUGGAAUUUAAUAAAACAGCAACAUGCUUAUCAAAGAAUACCGUGUAACCCUACCUCUAACAGUUGAAGAGUACCAAGUGGCACAGCUGUACUGCGUGGCUGAGGUGUCCAAAAACGAAACGGGCGGCGGCGAGGGCAUAGAAGUCAUAAAGAAUGAACCGUUCAAAGACUACCCAUUGCUCGGGGGCAGAUACUCCUCGGGCCAGUACACCUACAAGAUCUACCACUUGGCGUCGAAGGUGCCCGCCUUCAUCCGGCUGCUCGCUCCCAAGGGAGCCCUGGAGGUGCACGAAGAGGCGUGGAACGCGUACCCAUACUGCAGAACUGUGCUCACGAAUCCGGGCUACAUGAAAGAAAACUUCGUAAUUUGCAUAGAGUCGCUGCAUUUACCAGACGUCGGAGACCAAUACAAUGUUCACGAACUACCACCAGAGAAGCUAAAGAUUCGCGAAGUGGUCAACAUCGACAUCGCGAAUGACCCGCUCUCGUCCGCGGAUUACAAGCCCGAGACCGACCCGACCAAGUUCAAGUCGGCCAAGACGGGCCGCGGGCCGUUGGUCGGGCCCAACUGGAAGAACGAGGCCAAGCCCGUCAUGACCUGCUACAAGCUCGUCACGGCCGAGUUCAAGUGGUUCGGACUCCAGAGUAAAGUAGAAAAUGUCAUCCAAAAAUCAGAACGGCGGUUGUUCACCAUUUUCCACAGGCAAGUGUUCUGCUCUAUGGACGACUGGUACGGCAUGACGAUGGCCGACAUCCGAGCCAUCGAGGACCGCACGAAGGAGGAACUGGAACGACUGCGGCGCGAGGGCGAGGUUCGUGGGAUGCGCGCCGAGAACGAGUAAACACCGCGCUCUCCCCUCGGGACGAAUGUGUGAACGGUACGAGCCCUGCAGAACGUUGUUUGAUUGUUACACUUUUACUCUUAGGCCCAGAAUUAGGCCCGGUGAAACGCAACUGGAACGAAACUGCAACUUUCUGAUUUUAUUUAUUUAUUAUUCAUUAUUGAGCAAUUACAUAUUUGCUCCAAAUAGCGUCCCAAAUCCUCUUUAGGUUUGGCUAGACACUAUUGUUCUCUAUACAAAUAAAAACAAAUGUUUUAUUAUUUACGUAUGAUGAUUCUGAUGAAUGAAACUGAAACUGAAAGUUUCAAACUGGUCGCGUCAUGUAUUGUGUGGUCUCUCAACGGACGCUAUGGCAGAAACUUAGAUGCAACUCAAAAGUAACUAGCAGUUGCAGUUUCGUUGCAGUUGCGUUUCACCGUCUGUUCUGGACCUUAAGGUCUUUAAGAGCGGUACGGAACGUGGAUCUCUUCACUGUCGCUAAGAUCCUGAGGGCUUAGUGUGAGUUUAUAUCAAACGUCGUCACUAGCGAGCGUAUUAAAAAAAUAUAAAAUAUGAAGAUUUUAGUUCUUGAACGUUUCCGCUAGGGGCGCUGUACGAUCCGUCAUACAUUUAAUGUCACUUUUUUACGCAGUCGACAUCGGAUGCGUUUGACGUAAACUCCACACUACGCCCCCUUAGCUAGAAUACGGAUAUCACGUCGCUUACAGCGUAAAGGAUAGA